AUGAAUGCGUUUACAGCUCCCAUCCCUCAUUCGUGGUUCACUCAGAACAGUAUUGUUGCUACCCCGGACAAUGGGUUAUUGUACUUCUCUUUACAUUGUAUUGUGUAUAUUCCACCGGUUGUGCCGAACUGUUUACCGAAUACUCGCAUCAUAAAUACUCCAGACGGCAUCAAAGCUUUUGCCUGUGCGCCGGAUUGGAGCGAAAAACGCCUGUUUGCUACUCUACACAAUAAACAGGUGUACGUAUGGGAUCUUGAUUUGGAGCAACCGAUCAAUGGUCAUCGUGGGCAUACGACAAAUAAUGCUAAACAAUCAAAAAAAGGGCCCAAUGUAGAAGUAUCGGCGGCGAUGUGCUUUUCAAAGCACGGAAAACUAAUAUCUUGUAAUGAUUCCGAUCUUAUCGUUUACUGUUUGCUAACAGACACCUAUAAAGUGUCACCGGAAUUUUUCCGCAAAAAAUCUGUCGUUGCUUUGCAACCAUCCCCCGUUGAUAACGAUGUUUUCAUCGCCGGGCUCAAUGAUGGUCUACUUAUAAUGUUUUCGAUAAAAAAAAUGACCAUUUUGCACUCGAUGCGUGGCCAUGACCGAGAAAUAGUGUCAAUCGACUGCAUGAGUGUACCCGUACUAAAGAGAACGGGAUGGAGAAGUAAAGGAAAAGGCAAUGCCAAUACCAAUGUGGCCGCCACCGGAAGUGGCAAGAAAGAGGACGUGAAACGGCCUGUUAAAAAAGCGCGCAAAAAGGCCUGCGCUCCGGAGGCGGACUCGUCGGAUUUUCUCAACAUAUACGACUUCAAUGAGAGUCAGGAAGAAUUCGGUACCAUUAUCGAUCAUAAAAGCAAAGACGAUUCGCAUGAUAGGAUUCGCGAGAAGACAAAAACGGUAGAGGGAUUCAACUUUUUGGAAGCGUGUGAGAAUCUUAAAGAGGACAUUCUAAAAGCUGCGAAUCGUAGAGACGAUGAUGAAAGCGACGAAGAUGCAGAAAACCUCGAGCAGUCCGGUAUAAAUCAGGAAGCAUUUAAUACGGAUGACGAAAAUGAUCUGGAUGAUUGCGAAAAACUGCGCGACUACAUUGUUGUUAAUAAUGAAGAUGAACACGAUCCGGAUACCGUGGACGAGAGUUUAACUGAAGCGUUCGUAGAGCAAGAACGUAAGCUUAUACUGGUUACUGGCAGCCGCGAAAAAGCUAUUUGGUUUUGGGACUACGAAACUGGUUUGCCGAUUGACAAAGUCUAUGUACCUUCGGAUGCAAGUGCUCGACUCUGUAAUACCAUAUUUACGAACGCAGUAUGGCUCGACGAAUCCCGUGUCGUCGCAAACACCUCUGCCGGCCAUGUGAUUGAUUGGAAAGUGGAGAUAACGCAUAACGACAGCGGGCUCCAUUUAACUGCAGAAAUGGGAUUGGUUCCGUAUCCUGUUGAGAAAAUUUUUCAUGUUAUUCGUGCCAAGGGCGUUAGGAAAACGGACAGCAACGGGCGAUAUUUGUGGUGCUCUUCGUUAAAUCGAAAAUUGAUAUGUUUGGAGGUGACGGAAAGCGGAAUACCUAACGAGGUUGUGAAUUAUGGCUGUAUAAUUCCCUCAAAUCGAUAUAUCCUUGAAAAUCCGCUCGAAUCUAUGGUUAUUGCCUUAGCAUGCUCGGCUCCAAGGAUCGAAACAAUAAAUUUGGCUAAUUUACAUCACGAUAACAUUUCCUUUAAAUCCAUAACGUACAAAAUUGGUUGCGAAGUUAUGGUGUUGGACUGGCAUCCGGAAGAAGAAGAAAAGUUGGCUUUUGCUACAAAAGAAGGAAGAAUCGGUGUAGUAAAUACAAGAAGUCCGACCAAUGUCCCAAUACUAUUGAAAUCCUUUACGAACAAAGAAGUUUAUGCUUUGAAGUGGUGUUAUUUAACCGACGAGAAGCAACAGCGAAGGCUUGUGCUAUUUGCUUCAGGAAAGACCGUUCUUGUGUACUAUCAUUUCUCGGGUGUGCAGAAAUACGAACCUAUUAAAUGUUUGCAGUUUGGUCAUGUAUCAAAUAUAUCUGUGGCCAACAAUUUAUGUUUCAUCGGAACGCAAGAUGGUACUGUUUUCAUCAACGAUUUGGAUCACAACCUUAGUCAGAUUUACAAGGGGAAAAUAGCCAAACGUUAUAUUAGCGCGCUGGAGUACAAGCAGAGCUAUUUGGCGGUCGGAUCGAAUGAAAAUAGUAUUCGUGUUAUCAAUUUUUCUGAUGGGUUUGAUGACAUAAUAGAGAGAGAAAUUAUCGUGCUCGAAGGCCACACGGACGGUAUAUGCGAUUUUAGGUGGAAUCGCGGAGAAUCUAUGCGCUUAGUGAGCUGCAGCUUUGAUGGAUCCGUUCGUGUAUGGGAUGCGUUAUUGGGCACAUGCUUAAAGAUUUAUCAAUCACGAAUUUUUACGUUCAGCGCAAUAUUUUCACCAUUGGAUGACAACAUAAUAUUGUUCGUAGGUAAAGGAAGCUCGUUGUGUAGUUUCGAUUACACUAAGGAUCACGUGGAACCGCCCAAAGAACCAAACACAAAAAUAAAAUUUGCAGUAGAAGAAGAAAAGCGAUCAAAAGCUCACGAUGUCAAUAAGAAAAAGCAGCUCUGUCCUUCAGCGUCGUCAAACAGAAACACAAUCUUGGAAACUCCAGACAAUGUAAACGUUGAAUGUAGCCCAGAAGCCAUCUAUCAUUUGGCUGAAAAAGUGAAGAAAGUAUCGUUGAAUGAAACUAACGGUCCACACUCGUUCGCAAGUCUUUCGACAACAUUCCCGCUGACGCAUCGAGAAACGAACAAAAUAAAAGAUGUAUUGCAAUGCAUUGUUAAGCUGCUGCACACGGUUGAACCAGAGCCUGAGCCGAUUGAACUUGAGGGUGCGGAACAUGCUAGUGAUGAUGAGUCAUUGGAUGGUAAAUCAAACGCUGAUCCCAAAUCAAACGCAGUUGAAUCAGGCCAGCUGCUAAAAUUAGCACCUAGUGCAGAACCCUCCAAUCGUGGAUUCCAAGAGGAUGACGAAAAACUGUUCUACAACGAAAAAUUGUUCUCGACUGAAGAAAAAUUAAAACAACUCAUAGAAGAAGAAGCUAAUCUCCAGAUUUUUACUGAUACGUCGUCGAUUGGAUUAAUAGUAUUACCUCAAUUGUUACACAAAUUAAAGGAAACCCUUUUGCGGAAUGUCAGCAAGAGAAAGUUAACUCCACAAAUGUUGGCGUUAGCGCCGUAUGUGUCUCAUACGUUCUGGCGUCAAUGUUGCCAAGCGUAUGCCUAUCAGUUAAUUGAGAAUGGACAAUCAUUGGCUGCUGUACCAUAUUUGCUAGCCAGCCAUAAGGUGGACGCGACCAUUGAAGAACUUUGCGAGGCAAAAUAUUUCCGCGAGGCAUGGGUCAUUUGUCGGUUGCAGAAAAUGCCAGAUGAUCCGGUUCUGGAAAAAGUUGCCUCCCAAUGGGCGUCCUAUUUGGAUGGCGUUGGGAAUUUUGAAGCGGCAGCACUAGUUUGGACUGGCGUGAAAAAGUACGAAAAAGCCAUAUCCGCUCUGUCCAAGCGCCUAGAAAUAACAGAUGAUAUUCAACGUGCUAUUGGUGAACUUACCAUUAAACUGCAGGAGACAUGUUCCGAGAAACAAACGUGA